AUGGCUAAAAUAUUUGAAAAAGUUUUGAAGCGAAAAUUGGUUAAGUUUCUCGAUGAAAAUAAAGUACUGUCUGAGAAACAAUAUGGUUUCAGAGAAGGUUUGUGUACGGGAGAUGCUGUCGCUAAGUUGGUUGAUGGAUUUACUAAAUGCUUAGAAGUUAGUAAACCUGUCCUGUGCGUGUUCCUGGAUCUUGCUAAGGCCUUUGACACUGUAGACCAUAUGCAGAUGUUGUGCGCCUUGGAGGAUGUGGGGGUACGGGGGGCGUCAAAUGAUCUUUUUGCAGAUUAUUCAUCAAACCGCAGACAAGUAGUUAAAGUAAACAAGAUCCUAAGUGAUGAAGCAGUGAUUUCUGGUGAUUUAUUAAGUUUUGCGGACGAUACUGCUAUUUUAUUUACAGAUGAUACGUGGGAGAGUCUGAAAGAUACAGCGGUACCAGGCAGAUAUGCUAUAUUGGGUUGGGGUGGUGCUGUAUAUUCCCAUCUAAGACCGCUUGAUGUAAUGCAAAAGCGAAUUAUCAAAAUGAUGUACGGUAAAAGUUCCACACACUCUUCGAGCAACUGUACCCAUCACAGCACCGUUAUAAACUUCAUCCCAUGUGCUCCCUUUAAAAGUUACGACAGUAUCGUCAGCAUAAGCAAUCAUGUCAAGACCGGCAGCACGAAGGACCCAGUCAAUGAAAACCAGAAAGAGGAUCGGGCCAAGUACGGUUCCCUGUGGGACGCCAACAUCAACACCCAGUGGAGAACUCAAUGCACUCCCCAUCUUGACACGCUGAGUUCGAUUUUCCAAGUAGCUACGAAACAAAUUCAAGCCAACACCCCUGACACCAAGAUUUUCCAGUCGAUCAAGAAGCUUCCCAUGAUUCACCGUGUCAAAGGCCUUGGCUAG